UAUCUCUCCAGUGUUCACUCAAGGGGAAUCUGAUAUUAUCAUUGAAUAUGGAUCAUCAUUUGAUGGCGUUUCACUGGGACACGGAUGUUGGACUGUUCCUUUUCCCUGGGCUAAAUAUAACUGGAGUUCCAGCUCUAAUAGGACUUUGUGUGAUUUUGAUAUUGAUAUCAAUAGUCUACGAAGCUGUUAAGGUCUUCCAAACAAACUCCAAAUCUAAAAUUGCUCGCGAAAGAUUCAGAUCAGUGUCAUCAGCUACGGAAACAACAAAUUUACUCCUAUUGGAAAGAAGACGAUCACAAGCUAAUUCGUCUGCAAAUUGCAAUUCAAAAAAACUUCUCAGCAUAUUGGCUCAAGCUUCGGUAUUUCUGUUUCAAAAUGUUACCAGCUAUAUGCUCAUGUUGUCGGUCAUGGUGUACAAUAUUUAUGUUUUUGUAGCCAUUGUCUUUGGCAUGGGCUUGGGAUAUUUUCUAUUUGGCCAUAUAUCGAUGAAAAUCAAUAUGGAAAAUAUUCGAGCUAGGACGACAAAUGCAUUGUGUGAUGAAAGGAAUCGUGUUGAAGCUGCUGGCAAUUCGAACAAUCUACAAGGACAUCAACAACAACAACAACAACAACAACAAGCUGCUUCAAGCUCCAGAACAUCAGCAGAUAAUUUGAACUGUUUAUCCUACCGCAACCAAAGUGCCAAUUAUGAAGCUGUUUCAAAUGUUCCAUCCGAGGUAGAAAUUCAUCCGUGUAAUAGCGCACAGGAUACUGACAAUCAUCAUACUUGUCGACUCUGAUUUUACAAUGCCAACAGAAAAUAUUUAAAGUGACAAUACCUAUACAUAUACGAGUAUAUUAUAUAAUUUUAUUUUAUUGUAUAUCCAUGAUAUUUUACCAACAUUUUUUUUUAAUGUAUUAUUCUAUGUACCUUUAAAUACUGCAAAAAAAAAAAGAACGAACAAACAUAAAAACAUUCCAAAUAAGAAUACUUCUGGAUGUGUAUAAACAAGAACAAAAUAUGUAGAUGUAAAUAUUAAAUAAAAAAA